GGCAACGAAUAGUGCUUUAUCUUUCUAUCACCUGUGCAAUCUUUAGUAACGUUUUCAGUCUCUUAAAUGCUUUAUCGCUAGUAUUUUAACCUGAAUGGAUCACAGGAGUAAGCGAAGAAUUAAAGAAGCUAAGUCAAAAGCACGACCGGAACUUGGAGAAAGUGAUUGGUAUCGAUUCAGCUAUCUGGAAACAUUUGAUUUGUCUCACAAAACGGUGAAGGAUUGUGUGGAAAGAAUUGAUGGGUCAAAGAUAUCCUUGCAAGAAUUCAUUGAGCAUUAUGAAAAACCUUAUAAACCGGUUGUGAUAACAAACAUCCAGAAGCAUUGGAGAGGGAACGAAAAAUGGACACCAGAGAGGUUGGCCAAAAAGUACAGAAACCAGAAAAUGAAAUGUGGCGAAGAUGACGAAGGCUACUCUGUGAAGUUGAAGAUGAAAUAUUAUAUAGAGUAUAUGCGACACAACCAUGAUGACAGCCCCUUGUAUAUAUUUGAUAGUAGUUAUGGUGAGCAUCCAAAGAGAAACCGGUUGCUAGAAGACUAUGACAUACCAAAGUUCUUUCGUGAUGACCUGUUCCAGUAUGCUGGAGAAAGCAGACGACCCCCAUACAGGUGGUUUGUGAUGGGGCCAGCCCGCUCUGGUACAGGUAUCCAUAUUGACCCGUUAGGAACAAGUGCCUGGAAUGCUGUAGUGCGAGGUCACAAACGCUGGUGCCUUUUCCCCACCCACACCCCUAAGGAGCUGCUGAAGGUGACGUCUCAGGAGGGAGGCAAACAGAGGGAUGAGGCCAUCACCUGGUUUAAGGUUGUCUACCCAAAAACACAGCUGCCUUCCUGGCCUAAAGACUGCCAGCCUUUGGAGAUUUUGCAGAAGCCAGGAGAGACUGUGUUUGUGCCUGGAGGCUGGUGGCAUGUUGUGUUAAACCUUGAUGAUACAAUCGCUGUCACUCAAAAUUUCUGUAGUGUCACAAACUUCCCCAUUGUUUGGCACAAAACUGUAAGAGGGAGGCCAAAACUGUCCAAAAAAUGGUAUCGUGUGCUGCAGAGAGAGAAGCCAGAGUUAGCGAUGGUGGCUGACAAAGUGGAUCUGAACAAACCAACAGGCCUGAUGUCUGACAGCUCUAGUUCAGGUUCCUCCUCCAGUUCCAGCUCGGCAGAUUCUGAGUCAGAUAGUUCUGACAGUGACAGCGACAGGAAGAGCAAAAGACGCCGCACUCGCUCUCGGUCAGGCUCUCUGACCCCUAACGCCAGUAAGCAGCACUGUCGCUCUCGGUCCAGCAGCCCAGCAGACUCCAGGCGAAGCGUCUCCAGCACCCCCAAGAAUUCCAGGUGACAAGUCUCCAGAUGAUCUACAUUGCACCGUGCAGCUUGCUACCACUGGCCACUGCAGCAGCCAGAGAUUUGCAUCCUUAUAUAUACAUGUAGCUUGCUAUUGUUUUUUUUUCUUACUUGGCACCAAAUUUUUGCGCCGCCAAAAGGCUGAUGUGAUGACCACAAGUUAUUCCGUUUACAUACACGACUUGAUAAAUGUCUUGUAUGGAACUUCUAUCCUUAUAUUUGCAAUAGUAGUAUAAAAUCAAGAGUGGCUUUUUUUAUAUCAAAAAAAAAAAAACAUGUAAUAGUUUAUAACACUGUCAGAUUUAAUUGAAAGGUGUGACAGUCUUACCUAGUCUUCGGCAGUUUUGUUGAUCAGACGUUGUUGUAUUGUGUAUUGUGUGGCAUUUGUGUGAUUUUUGAAGAAUGAAUCAUACCUCUCUAAAACAGUUUUAAACCUUUAAAUUCUUGAAGAAUUCUGUUACGGCUUUAUCUACAGAUGUAAUGAAAACUGAUCACUUUAAAAAUCAGUUUGUAUACCUGUAGCACAUCACAUCACACCCACUCAUCAGUUUUAAGCAGCCAUAAAUAUUUAUGAAAGUCAUUUGAGAACAGGGAGAAAUUCUGUUAGUUUGAAUAUACAGAGAGAAAUUCUGUUCAUUUCAAUAUACAGAGAGAAAAUCUCUUAGUUAAGUCUAUAUUCAUGUUUUUGGAAAUAUGAUCUAUGGAUUUUUAUCACAUUAACAAAGUAAAUGGGAAUGAUAGGUGAAGUUUUAUCACAAGCCCAGUACUGUAACUGUACAUGUCAGCCAUUUUCUCCUCAUCAAUGUAUUAGACAUGUUAGUUUAACUGACAACACAAAUUCCAUAUCAUCAUUGUUGGGUCUGAUCUGUCGGAUGUAAAUAUGUCACUGCUGUCAGCUUUUAGUCCAGUCACUUCAUCUGUUAAUAUAUACGCACUUUAUGAAGACAACAAGCGUUGGUUAGUCAUAAUUU